GGCUUUUACUGGUCGGAUCGUCCUAGGCUACUGCGCAUCCCCGGAAUGGUUCACUUUGAAUACUUCAAUCAUGACCUUGCUCUCUUAUUCGACGGAUAUAAACACAAAGAAAUUGUUACACGCGUGUUAUUUAUUUUAUUCAGUAGCAAACGGAAUUUAGUUUAACGAGAGAAAAAUGUCUAAUACCGCUGCACAGAUAAACGAGUGUCUAGAAACAAAUAUUGACGUCGCAGACGAAAGUAAUAAGAAAAGCAUAUCCAAAUUCUUUUCGUUCGAAGAAGUGAAAGAAGUAACAAAAUGCGCAUUGAACGACGAUGCCGUUGUAACGGAAUAUGCUAUUCAACCGUAUUCCGAUGGUAAACUUGACCGUUUCAGGUCUCAUUAUCGGCUGGAUGUACGCGCCUCGACGAAGAAAGAAGAGACCGUCGGUCUCUCAUUCCUCCUCAAGACUAUACCUUUCGAAGAAUCCGAGCAAAUCGAUUACUCGGUACAGAAUGGUGACUUCAAAUGCGAGACCAAGUUUUACGGUGUCAUAAUGCCGUUACUUCGCGAGGGAUUUCGCGAAAAGCCAUGGUCGCCAAUGUGUUAUAAGGUAACGAACAACUAUAUGGUUCUACAGGAUCUAUGUCGCGAGGAUUACUCGACGCGAGAUAAGCUCUUCGACGAGACGCUGGUGCGCGCAGGCUUAAACACUAUCGCACGAUUACACGCGGCCUCUUUGUUGGCAGAUGCGCGUCUCGAUGUACCCUUCAAUCAAUUACACCCUGACGCUUUUACGAACAAACGCUUCGAUCGCGAGAGGCUGCCGCGGAAGUUGGUGGAAGUGAGCUCCGAGCCCGCGGUCAUAGCCGAACGUCAUGGAUUCGACCCUUAUCUGGUACGCAUGGCUUGCGAACAAAUAUAUGAUAUUAUGGAGCCGUCGAGCACCAAGAUGAACGUGAUCAGUCACGAGAAUCUCUGGAGCGACAAUUUUAUGUUCAAUAACGACGUGCCGCCCAAUUGUUUGUUGGUGAAUUAUCAAACACUGAGGUACACUCCGGUAGCGCACGACAUCGCACUGUUCCUGUAUCUGUGCACGAAUCGUAGUUUCCGAGAGACGCGGGAGACCGCGAUGCUGAGACACUAUUACAAGACGCUGUGCGAGAUCCUGGACGCUCAUGGGGCGGUGCGUAAACCCUGCUGGUCAGAGAUAAUUCAGGGUAUGGAGGAACAACGUUUGGGCGCUCUUAUUAGCGCUGUACUUAUCUUUCCUACUGCCUUAAUGGAUAAGAAGUACUUAAUUGACGAGAAUCUCGACGCGGAAGUAUUGGGUAAUUCGCCGUCCCCCAUGGACCUUCAAGACUGGACGGAAUCGGUCUUGUCGAUAAUGGAGGAAGACUCGGUCUACGAAAGAAGAAUCACUGAAACCGUCGUCGAACUGGCCGAGCUCGCUUUGCGAUUAGAUCAAUUACCGAAACCGACUUAAAAAUCAGACAUGUAACAUAAAAUUAAUACUCUCAUGCAUAUUCUAAAUUUUUUCGUUUCGUCAAAACGCUUUUUAUAGGAUUAUAUAUAAUUAAUAAAAGACAUACUUGUGUCAAAAAUUGAUCAGUUUAUGAUGUAGAAAUAUAACGAUUUUCGUAUAAAUCAGUGAACGAUGUUGUCUUGUUCGGGAAAUAUAGCAGAUAGGAAGGACCAGUCGUGACUGAUGAGUUGUACACUUGAUUCGUCGGAAUCCUCGUUUUCAUUGAUCGGUGUAACUGCGGGUUUUGUCGGCCGUGAUACCUCAUCGUUAUCACUUAAAUCCGAGAGAUUGUCUCGAACUGAAUUGUCAUCACUGUCUCUGAAAAAUUACGAGAAGGUUAAUAUAUAUGACAGUGCACGUAAGCGUUUAAGUACAAUAACUUUAAUUUGCAGUCGAAUCAAUUCUAUAUACCUAAAGCUUUCGGAGUUUCGUAAACGGUUUCUUAACGAUUGUUGCCCCGUCAACGACAAGAUAAAUGACGAACACAGCAAUUUUAUCGGCGGCAAAGUGUGAGCCGAUACGCUGAGCAACUGAAAAAAAA